UCUUACCCGUGAAUUGCGCAAUGAGUGUGUGUGUGUGUUUUACUUCCCCACCACUUCUCUACCUCAACUCAUUAAACUAGUGUAAUAAAAAUCCAACCUUUUUCCUCUCUUUCUUCCCCCACCAUUCCCAUCUUCACACACACUCACACACACAACCCACAUCGGAAAACCCAACAAUGGCGGCGGAGGGAGAAGGCGGAGGAGGGGAGGAGUAUUUGUUCAAGAUAGUCGUAAUCGGCGAUUCCGCCGUGGGUAAAUCCAAUUUACUCUCCCGCUUUGCUCGGGAUGAAUUCGACCACAACUCAAAGGCCACCAUCGGCGUCGAGUUUCAGACGCAGGUGGUGGAGCUCGACGGCAAGGAGGUCAAGGCUCAGGUCUGGGACACCGCCGGCCAGGAGCGGUUCCGCGCCGUCACCUCCGCCUACUACCGCGGCGCCGUCGGAGCCCUAAUUGUCUACGAUAUCACCAGAAAGGCCACCUUCGAGAAUACCAAACGAUGGCUUGAGGAACUCAAUAUUCACUGUGAUACUGCGGUAGCAAAGAUGCUCGUCGGGAAUAAGUCGGAUUUGGAAGAAAUUAGAGAGGUGAGUGUGGAAGAGGGCAAAAGCUUAGCAGAAGAAGAAGGAUUGUUCUUCAUAGAAACCUCUGCAUUGGAAUCUACAAAUGUAAUGAAGGCGUUUGAGAUCGUCAUUCGCGCGAUUUACGAUAAAGUUAGCCGGAAGAUCCUGAAUUCGGAUUCGUACAAGGCGGAAUUAUCGGUCGAUCGAGUCACACUAGCAAAAGGGGUUGACUUGUCUAAGCAAAAUAACGGCGUCUUCUCGUGUUGUUCGAGGUGAUUUUUUCGUGUUUUUUUUGUUUUUUUCGUACGGGAGUUCUUGUUUUUACGAAACUAUAUAAAAUCGGGGAGUGUGACGUUUUAUUGCAAGUUGAUGUAAUUGCAUUGUUGUAGCAGUUGUUGAAUAGGAAUUGUAGGAUCUUGUCCUCUGCAAAUUCUUUGCAUUCAUCAUUUUUAUAAAAUUCUAUUAAUGCUUUAGAAAAA